AUGCCACCCAAAAAGCCCACACCCGCACCGGCUGCCGCGACCUCGACGUCGUCCAAUGGCGCGCGAAUCCCCGCCGGCACGACCAUGUUGCCCAUCUCCAAAGUCCACAAGAUCAUCAAAGCAGAGUCAGUGAUAGAGCGUUCUGAACUCUGCUCUGUGCUCGUAAUCGGAUGACUGAUGGGAUGAACUGCUCUCCUUGAAAACCCCUCUUCUACCGCUUCCGGCGCGUCAAUGUGACCUGUUCGUGUGUGCGACGCGUCGAGCAUCCUACACGAACCGCUAUCAUGUCGCUUGGCUCAUCAAAAUGGAUUCGAAUUGGACCCGUGCAUCACUUUGUGGCCCUCAACAGCAAGGACGUACGACUUUGCUCCAAAGAGGCCAUAUUCCUCAUCUCCAAAACGACCGUCAGUUCAAGUGCUCAUCGCUAGGAAGGGAAAAGCUACACCAGGACCACUCCAGCUGAACAUUUUACACCCCUUGCUCUCUUAGGAAUACAUGCUGGGUAAAGUGACCCAGCAAUCGUACACCCAGGCGAGGUCUCAGAAACGCGCCAAGACGGUCAAAUACCAAGAUCUCGGUUCGUUCCUUUCCCCAUCAAUUCCAUUAACUUCCUCUAUCAUCCGGAACUCAUUCCCAACUCAGUUUAUCUCUAAUGUUCCUUCCUACUCCUACCUCCCUUCAUCGUAUAAUCAACCCGGGCUCUCCACAGCGACCGUAGCCCAACGUCCCGAAUUCUUCUACCUCUCCGACGUCGUCCCCCACACUUUACCCCUCAAAAAAGCCUUGGCGAUCCGACAAAAGAUGCAAGAAGCUGCCGAAGGGGAAGGCGAGGAGGAAAUUGAACCUGAUACCGUAUUGGGAGGGGGGAAGGCUGAGGAGGAGGGGGGAGAACACGUUCCGGAGGAUGGAGAGGGGGAGAGUGGAGCGGCGAGUAGUCCGAAUGCGGUUGAGGAGGAGGAGGAGGAGGAAGAAGGGUCAGAAGAGGGCGCGGGUAUGGAUGUGUAUCGAUGA